CCUCUUGCUCUCGUGGCGCGCAUGGGCAAGAAGGGCGCCUUGCCUAAACUCUGCUCUUGGCGGAGAUCGCAGUUGCAACGCAAUGGCUACGUCGUCGUGCCUCCUGCCGCCGGUGCAGCCUGUCACUCACCUGAUCUUUGACAUGGAUGGUCUGCUUCUGGAUACUGAACAUCUUUAUACUGUUGUGUUCCAAGAAAUCUGCAGUCGCUUUGGAAAAACUUAUACCUGGGAUGUGAAAUCCUUAGCAAUGGGUAAAAAAGCAUUGGAAGGAGCAGAAAUCAUUCGAGAUGCCCUCGACCUUCCAAUAACCAAAGAAGAGCUGUUGCAUGAAAGUAAAAUUAUGCAAGAAAAAUUGUUUCCUACAGCUACGUUGAUGCCAGGAGUUGAAAAACUAAUCCACCAUCUACAUAAACAUAACAUUCCCAUAGCUGUUGCUACUAGUUCAUCUCGAGUGACAUUUGAAAUGAAAACAAGUCGACACAAAGACUUCUUUGGUUUAUUUCAUCAUAUUGUCUUGGGAGAUGACCCUGAAGUAAAGGAUGGCAAACCACAGCCUGACGUGUUUUUAGCUUGUGCAAAAAGGUUUGACCCUCCUCCAUGCCCAGAAAAGUGCCUUGUAUUUGAAGAUGCUCCCAAUGGAGUGAAGGCAUCACUGAAUGCUGGGAUGCAAGUGAUCAUGAUUCCAGACGAAAACUUGAACAAAGAUCUUACAAAAGAAGCGACUAUAGUACUGGGAUCCAUGAGUGAUUUCAAGCCAGAAUUGUUUGGCUUACCACCCUUUGAUUGAACAAUGUUUUAUUUUUUUAAUCUUUUAAAUUUAAUAAGCUUUUUAAAAAAACAUAGUCUUUUUUUUUGGUACUGUUAUAGUACUGUGUUUCAUUUUUUACAUUUCAGCUUAAUUAAGAAUUAAAAUCUUUUGCCAGAAAUGUGUUUGAAACCUAGGAUGUUGUUAGAUUACUACUUCUUUAAAACAAAUGCCAUUUCUUCAUAAAUUUUAGAGUCCAGAUUAUAUUAUUUCAAUCAGUAGUCCUCCUGAAUUUUCUCAUUACUUCUUCCUUCAUUUUUAUUUUCAGAAAAAUUCUGAAAAUAUUCAGUGUUUUAUGGCUGGAAAUCACCAGCACCCCUCAUCCAGAACUAUAUUAGAAUCACUUUGGAUGGACUUUAAUACAAGAUUCCGCUACCAAUGAUAAAUUUAUCUUUGGAUUUAGUGCAAGCUUUUUUGACCAUCUAAACAGGAAUCCUUUAGGUCUGUCUUCAACAUCUUUUACAUUUUUGUAGUUGUCUGUGUUUAGUUAAACACAUAGAUUAAAACGUUGCACAAAUUGCAA